GUAAAGACUAAAGAUCUCUAAUUUUGUUAUAUUGUUUGAUGUGUAGCAACGAUUUAGUUUUUUAAGUGACGUGUGUAUUUAGACUUAGUAUUUUGCUGGAUUUCUGAUAUCGAUAUUUUAAACUAACCAAAAACAGAGGCAAAACUAAAGCACAAAAGAAAGUCAAGUUUUUUAGGUUUAUGUGUACAGCCAAGGAUACUGAAGUUAUGAUGCAGGAAAAAAACUAAGGUGAUAUUCCAAGAUAAUCCUGAUGGUUGGGAUCUUGGUCACUCCCUCUGCUCCACAGUAUACUUCUACUAGUAACAUUCUUGUUAAUAAGACCUCAGAAGAUGUUGAAAAUGUAACUGUUUUUACAACCACAGGUUCAGUAGACCUCAAUGCAGCUCAUGCAGCUUCAACGUUUCUCUUUGGAUUUGGAAUUGCCAUUGGGAUAGUUGCCCUUGCUACUGCAAUUGUUGCUGUGGUAAUAUUCCUAAUACGAAAGAGCAAACUGGACAAGCUUCGGCAUCACCUUAUGCCACUAUACAGCUUUGACCCUACCGAAGAGGGAGAGGAUUGGGAAACAGAACUGAUUGAGGAAGGUCUUGAUCAUCGACAGCAUUUGAGAGGAAAACAUUCUGGUCGUGAUCCUAUACCAAAACUAGCAUUUGAUGGGGGACUUUAAAGAAACUGGCUUAUGAUUUAAAGAAAGACCAGCCAGUUUUCAGAGAGAAAAUGAAACAACAAUGAAGACAAGAUGUUUUGUGUUGUUUUGUUCAUCCUUUUGUAGUUGGCCUAUUCACACUAAGAAAAAAGCCAUUGGAAUGAAAGAUAUUUUACAUAUAUAUAUUUAAAUGUAAAAAAACAACCAGAAAAACACGAUCAACUUUUUGUAUAAAUGGUAGAUCAGUAAGUUUGUUUUUAAUUUAAAAUACUUUGCCAGCAUAAUUAUCUUUUGAGCCACAUAUACAUGAAAUGCUUAGAAUUACUCAUGUAUAUAUGAUUCUACUGACACCUCUCAGAGUUUCUGCCUAGUGGUAAGUGAUUUACUGCUUUCUGUUAAUGUGAUGUUUAAAGGAGCAUUUUAAUACAGGAUCUCUAGUCAUUUUCUUCAAAAUUCUCAUGUAUGUACAAAUGUCUAGUUAUAUUUUGGGGUGUGGAUUUCCAACAUAACUGUUUCAGAGUAGCCUUACUGAACCUAAUUCUUUAAAGGAUAAGGUUUUGAUGAAAGGUUAAACAACAAAGACUAAAUUGGAAGUUACUGUAUUUAUGAGAAAUAUUUUCAUUAACACAUUUUAACAAAACUUAGAGCUCUGUUUUCGUAAUGAUAUAACUUGUUUAGACUCGAUGGUGAUUUAAUAAUAGCCAGAGCAUAUCAUAUAGAUUAUUAAAUACUCUUUAUUUGUAUUUGAAAAUAAUUUAUUGUGUCUACAAAAUAUUGUACGUUGCUGUGAGCUUAAUAAUUUGUUGUCAUAUUAUUUAAAAGGAUAGAAUAAUUGUGUGUGUGAAAUAUUUAUCAAAGAUAUUUUUAAACAUAAGUGUUUGUGCAUAUGAGUGUGAUUAUUCUACAAAACUAAGGUUUCAUAUUUUCUUGACACUGUUUUAGAAUAUAAAGACUAUACUUGUUUGUUUUUCAUUGGUAAUUGCUGUAGAUUACCUCAAGUUACAAAUGAGUUGAUUGCAUUAUAGGUAGGUGAUGUAAAAUUCAGUGAAUUAAUUUACAUUGUACUUUUUUAAUAUAAUAACAUACCAGUAAAAUUGGCAUUCUUAUUACAGUUUAUUGUAGAAACUGUAAGACCAAACUGACAUCAAGUAAUCACAAAGUUAUAAAGUUAUUUUAUCAGAUUUAUAUUGAUAUUAAAAUGUAGAGUACAUAUCUGUUGAUGAGAGAAUUUGGCAUUUUUUAGAACUCUACAAGAGGCUAAGAUCAGGUAAAUUUAUCUAGUCAAUAACUGAAUCUCGGCAUGUUUUGUAGAAUGGGUUUUUUUAUGACUAAUUACUAUAAAUAAAAAAAUAUAUAUUUUCCCUCAUACACUGUUAGCACAAAAUUCAGGGUUCACAUAUAUCAAGGAUAUCAGUGGAAACUAAAAAUUGCAUGAGAAGAUUCCAUUCAUGGGAAUUUCAAGAAAGUUAAAAUAAUCAGAAAAACAUGUAAAGAAUUUUGAGUUUUGAAAAAAACCCAUAAAGAAUAUCAGAUAAAACAUUAAACUGUAUAUAGAAUGGACUUGAUAAAUGAAAAUGUCCCUAGGUUCAUUUCAUUCAAUUAUAGAGAAAAAAGAAAAUUGUUGGUAUGUUUUUCAUUCAGAAUUGCAGCUUUAAUGAAAAGAGGAAUUUAAACUCUUAACAGUGUUAUAUACACAUUUCCCAUCUGCUUAUAUCAUUUAUCAAGUUUUACUUAAGUAAUGUAAUUCUAUUUUUUUUCUAUUAUUUUAUUUUGAAUUUACUGGGAUUUAUGUGUAGAUGUAGGAAUAAAA